AUGGGUGAAGCUGCCCGUGAACAUUUCCUGCCAAUUCAGUACGGCGUGGCAGUGCCAGGUGGAGCAGAGGCGGUAAUCCACACAGCCAGGGCAUUCUUGGAUGCCCGUCCCGACAGCCUGGUCCUACAAGGGGUGGCAGAGGUGCUGGUGGCAGUGGAGAAGCUCAAGCUCAAGGCCAACCCCGUGAUUCAGCCAUGGCGCCCAUGCAACCAAAUGGAGAACAUCUUUGACCACUAUGACCUGCUGGAGGUGAUGGAAGGAACGGAGAAGCGCCCCGAGAACGACCCGGAGAAGAGCCCGUGGGUGCGGAAGAGCGCACAAGGCUAUCUCUUACUUGGGCAAGCGUUGGGGAGCAGUCAGAUCCGUCACAUCAAGCCAUUCCAGCGUGAACCAGAGAAAGGACCAAAGGCAUGGGCUGCUCUCAAGGGUGUACAUGCUCCUGCAACAGCGGCGGUAGCGGUGGUGUUGGAACGGCAAAUGGCGGCACUACGAAUUGAAGAAGACGAAGCGGUUGAAGAAGGGGUGCAGAAAUUCUUCGACUUGUUGACGCGGCUUGAGGGAGCUGAUUUGAACUACAGUGAGCUCCAAAAGAAGACCAAGUUGCUGGCCUUACUCCCAGAGUCAUGGUCCUCGCUCAUCAUCAACCUUAAUUGCGACUUGCCCCGCCUCUCGCUUGAAGACGUGAAGCGAGCUAUCCUUCAAGAGGAUUUCCGCCGCCGUGAGUUGGCGAGUGCGGAUGGCGCUGGGGCAGCGAGCAUCGGCCGUGGAUAUGGUCGAGGAAGAGGCAGAGGACGAGGGGGAGGAAGGUUUGGUGGCAGCAACUUCGGCGGAGGCCGCAGGAGUGGCGGUUACGGCAGCGACGACAAGAGCUACGGACGCGGUCCCGGCCGAUUCGACGGCGAGUGUCACUAUUGCCACAAGAGCGGACACAUGUGGCGCGACUGCUACAAACUCCCUGAUGGUUGGACCCCUGCUCAAGGCCAAGAGGGUAGAGGAGCAGGAGGAGGGAGAGGACGAGGCCGUGGAGGCCGUGGCGGUCGCGGUGGCGGAGCUGCAAACAUGAAGAGCGGAGACAACGACAAGGACCCGAGCGACGAUCGAUACCCGGGUCUAUUCUACUUCGUGUCGACGCAAGUACCGGCUGGUCCAGAGAAGGAUGAAGGCUUUGAGAAGCCAGCAGCUGUGGGGAAGGUGACCCUACACCCCCUGGACUAUUGGGUGAUUGAUAGUGGCGCUACCUAUAGCAUGACACCUCGCCCGGACUUGCUCACCGAACUCGAGCCGUCACCGGUGAAGCAUGUCACAUCGGCUUUGGGGCAGCGAGCAGAGGUGAAAGGCAUGGGCAAGGCCAUGUUCAAGGGUGCUGAUGGGAAGAUGGUGGGCCUCAAGAACGUGCUUUGGGUGCCCAGCCUUGCUGCAAACCUGAUUUCCGUGCGGCGGUUGGCAAAGGCCGGCAUGGACACGAACUCGAAGGGAGCCAAGACCUACACCGCAAGGCUUGGCGAUCGAAUUCUUUGGGACCUUCAUGAGGACAGGGAUGUCUACAACGAGAUGUGGCAGAUCCCAGUGGUCCCUAUGCCUAAGGAGAGGCAAGUGGCAGCAAGCAUCAGCACCAAGGAUGGAGCGGUCGGUAGCGACGAUGGCGCGAACGGUCGCGCUAAGGAGAAUGAGCUCAAGAAGAGCAAACCUGGAGGGACCAGCAAGUUCAGUGAACCUAAGGAGAGUGGUGCAGCAACCAAGGAGCAGCAAAAGGGUGAGGAGAACCCAGAGGCAGCAGCGCAGGAGGACUACGGAGAGAGUAUGUGGGGCGCUAUUGCGAGCGCGGCAUUCUCCAAUCCAACUUCGGCUACGGGGGAGUGUGAUUGGCUCACCUUGCAUCGGCGCAUGGGGCAUGUGGCCCUGCCCAUCUUGCAGCAGCUAGUGAAGAAUGAGAUGGUUGCUGGCAUACGUGUGAAGGGGGAGCCCGAUGAGGUGCUUGGCUGCCCGACGUGCAUUCAAGCCAAGUUCACCCGGUUUCCGUUCCCUAGUUCGGAGGCAACGGCAAAGGCACCGCUUGAUGAGGUGGUGAUGGACGUGGUGGGCCCCCUGAAGCUUGGAGCUGCUGGAGCUGAGUAUUUUCUCACCAUUGUCGACGUCUACACCCGCAUGACUUGGGUGUACGUGCUGGCCAAGAAGAGCGACGUGGCUGAAACGUUGAAGACGGAUUGGUUCCCGAUGGUGGAGCGGCAACAAGACCGUCUAGUCAAGUCAAUCCGCACCGAUCGAGGGGGAGAGUUCCUGAGCAAGGAGUUUGGGUUGUGGCUGAAGAAGAAUGGUAUUCGGCACUCCCUCAUCAUGCCAUACUCCCCUGCAAUGAACGGCAUCGCCGAGCGAGCGAACCGCACAAUCACGGAGGCGGCACGCGGGUUGCUCAUUGAAGCCGGGCUACCCGACUAUUUCUGGCCUGAUGCGGUGCGGAGCGCGUGUGUGGCCAAGAACAGAGCCUUGACUCAUGUGGGAGCAGACAAAUGGGUGCCCUAUGUGGAGUGGCUAGGAAGGAAGCCAAAGGUGGAUAUGCUUCGGGUGUUCGGGUGCAUGUGCAUGGCGCUCGUGCCUAAGCAUCUUCGGCACAACAAGCUUGGUGCCAAGGCGGUGUGGGCCGUGCACUUGGGCAUGGCUCAAAACAGCAAGGGAUGGCUUCUUUGGGACCCAUUCACCAAGAAGUUCUUGGUGAGCAGGGACUGCAAGUUCAUGGAGAACUUCAUGUACAAGGAUUGGAAGGCGGAGAAUGAGGCGAAGAUAGGCGUGCGGUUUGGGGAGGUGAAGAGUUCCGGUUUGGAGCAUGUGGAGCUGCCUUUGGAGCUGAGCAGCGGCAGUACAACCACAAGGCAAUCCUCCCUUGUGAAUGGGGGAGAGGAGGCCAAUGAUGCAGAGGAAGAAGAGGAGGAGGUGCAGCAAGUGAGCGAGCGUGCACCGUCACUCCCUUCCCGUACUACGAGUGCUCCACGGAUUCGAGCCACACCGCAGCAACGCCAAGGCCUUCAAGUCCCUGCAGCUGAGGAGGAAGGAAGGGGGAAGAGGAGAGUUCAACCCCCUAAUAGGCUGACCUAUGAUGCGCCGGGAAAGCAGGGCAAGACAGCCCUGGCCGGAGCGGCAAUGAUGGUCGGAGACGACGAGGAGAGUGACUACGAGGAGUGUGCCUUCGCGUUCUUCUCUCCGGUGGAGAUGCCGGGAGAACCAGCAACUCUCAAGGAGGCUUUGGAGAGUAGUGAUGCUGAGGAGUGGAAGAAGGCCAUGGAGAGUGAGCUGAAGAGCAUCGAGGAGAAUGACACGUUUGAAUUGGUGGAGCUACCGGAGGGGCGUACGGCGAUAACGUCCAAGUGGCUCUUCAAAAUCAAGUCGGAUGCCGACGGCAAGAUCGAGCGCUACAAGUCUAGGCUUGUAGCCAAGGGGUACCAGCAGAAGGAGAAGGUGGACUUCAAGGAGCUGUUUGCCCCUGUGGUGAAGCCGACGACGCUGCGAACCCUAUUCGCGGGAGCCGCCAACAAAGGAUGGUGGCAGAGUGUGGAAGCUGAAGAAGGCCCUCUAUGGGCUGAAGCAGGCCCCUAG